UUCAGGUAGACUCUGGUUGAAAUGAGAUCCUGGAGCACGGUUAUGUUGGCUGUGCUUGCCACAGCAGCCACUGUUUUCGGACAUGAUGCGGAUCCGGAGAUGAAGAUGACCACGCCACAAAUAAUCAUGCGAUGGGGAUAUCCUGCAAUGAUAUACGAUGUAACAACUGAAGAUGGAUACAUUUUGGAAUUACACAGAAUUCCAUAUGGAAAAACAAAUGUCACAUGGCCAAAUGGAAAGAAACCAGUAGUUUUCAUGCAACACGGUCUUGAAUGCUCAUCAUCCAACUGGGUUGUCAAUUUGCCAACGGAGUCCGCUGCAUUCCUUUUUGCUGACGCUGGUUAUGAUGUAUGGCUUGGAAACUUCCGUGGAAACACAUACAGUAUGAAACACAAGAAUUUGAAACCAUCUCACUCGGCAUUCUGGGAUUGGUCAUGGGAUGAAAUGCAACAAUAUGAUUUGCCAGCAAUGAUUGAGAAAGCUUUAGAAGUUACUGGACAAGAUAGUCUAUAUUAUAUUGGACAUUCACAAGGCACACUUACAAUGUUCAGUAGACUUUCUGAGGAUAAAGUUGGAUGGGGAAAUAAAAUUAAAAAGUUCUUUGCACUUGCUCCAGUUGGAUCUGUUAAACAUAUCAAAGGAGCUUUGAAAUUCUUUGCUGAUUACUUUUCCCUUGAAUUUGAUGGAUGGUUUGAUGUAUUUGGUUCUGGUGAAUUCCUUCCAAACAAUUGGAUUAUGAAGCUUGUCUCUGAAUCGGUUUGCGCUGGACUUAAAGUUGAAGCUGGAGUUUGUGACGAUGUGAUGUUCCUCAUUGCUGGGCCGGAAUCCAACCAGCUUAACGCAACUCGUGUUCCAAUUUAUGUGGCACAUACACCCGCAGGAACUUCUACUCAAAAUAUUGUUCACUGGAUUCAAAUGGUCCGCCACGGAGGCACUCCAAAAUAUGACUAUGGAGAGAAGGGAAAUAAGAAACAUUACGGACAAGCAAAUGUUCCAGCAUACGACUUCACUACUGUAAACCGACCAGUCUAUUUGUACUGGGGCGAUUCUGAUUGGCUUGCCGACCCGACCGACGUCACAGAUUUCUUGCUAACGCACUUGAAUCCAUCAACUGUUGUGCAAAACAAUAAGUUGAUCGAUUACAACCAUCUCGAUUUCAUCUGGGGACUCCGUGCACCGAAAGACAUCUAUGAACCAAUUAUUGAUAUUGUGAGAAACGAUGUUUUGAACGGUUCCUAAAAUAGAAGAUCAACCGCAAAAAAGCUUUAUCCUGCCAGCAUAUCAUAAUUGUGACGUUGUUUUUUUCGGAAAUUGUAAAUAAUAAAUUAUAUGAAGUG